AUGAAACUUGAUAUGAAAUUCUACCCAUUGAAAGCGUAUAUAAACAAUCGUCGACAACCUCUUACACAACAUAGACUGAGCUCAAGCAAGAAGAUCAGAAUGAAGAUCACAUUCGUCAGUCUGUCAAUACUGUUGGUACUGACUGUCGGUUGUUCAGAAGCACAACCAACACUCGAAACCAUAGCAGAUACAUUGAAAAGAUCAGUGGGAGACAAGCUUGAUGAAAUCUCUCGCAUGAUACAUGAAGAUAAUCUGCGUAAUGAAGGUGAAUCACAUGAAAGGCGUUUGAAGUGAUCCUGUCUGUCAAGAAACCGGAUCAAUCCUACAUCCAUAUUCUUCACGAAGCUACAUCUCGACAAGGUGUGAUGUUAUGCGUUUAUCUGUGAACAGUGGUUAAUAAACAGUUUUAAUGAUGA